AAACACCAAUUAGAAAUUAAAAAGCCAGGAUUACCUAAAUCGAAAAAAUUUGAAGCUGUAACUGAUUUUACGCAAGAUGAAGAUCAAGGGAUAUUGGAAGAACUAACUGAUUUUGCGCAAGAUGAAGAUCAAAGAUUAUUAUUAAGGGAUGCCAAUUAUCAAUUGAAGAAUGCAAAGUAA